AUGGGGCCUACACGAGCUACACCAGAACCCGGAGAAAUAGACGGGGUGGAGCGGACGCGGCGGAGCGGAAAAAUAGGCGUAGUCUUGCCGGAGACCUCAACGAUCUCUGAAUGUUUUGGUUUUCCGGCCUUGAGAAAGUGGUCUUGCGAUGCGCAAAUAAAGAUCGCAGGUCGUCAAGAUGCAUCCAGGGCGGACCGGCGUCUGAACCAGCGGAAAAUCCAGAACGUCGUGUAG